CUGCUCCAUAUUCAGUCACGCGUUCAAGAAGGAGAUAUGAUAUUUCUAAAUAAAAACCGAGUGCUUUCUUUGGUCCUUAAUUUUCUUUUCUUAAUCAUUCUAAUUUCAUCGAGUGUCCACGCAGAUGAGAGAAACAUAAACAAGCUACUGAACAACCAGGUUGUGGUCAGCCGCCAAAUUAUGUGCAUACUGGGAAAAAGUGAAUGCGACCAACUGGGGCUACAACUCAAAGCUGCCCUGCCAGAAGUUAUUACCAGAAAAUGCAGGAACUGCUCCCCACAACAGGCUCAAAAGGCGCAAAAGUUGACCACAUUUUUACAAACUAGAUACCCGGACGUUUGGGCAAUGCUUCUAAGAAAGUACGAUAGUGCCUAAAUAUGGCAAUUUAAUGUUCUUCUCAUGCAUCGAAUAUAAUAAAUUAGUCUCGACAUCAUC